AAAGAAACAAUAUUUUCUCUCUCUCUAUCUCUCUCUCCUAUCAGUGUCUGGAAAGUUUCAGACAGCAAAUCACCAGCUAGCUAAAAACAUGUCCAGCGGCGCAACCCAUCAUCUCAUCGGACUCAUCUUCUUCAUCCUUGUAACCGCCUCUUCCUCCACCGACCAUAUCGUCGGUGCCAACCGUGGAUGGAACCCCGGCAUGAACUAUACUCUUUGGUCUAACAAUCAUACCUUCUACGUCAACGACUUCAUCUCUUUUAGGUACCAAAAGAUGAUGUACAAUGUGUUUGAGGUUAACCAAACGGGGUACGACAACUGUACGACGGAAGGAGCGGUGGGGAAUUGGAGCAGCGGUAAAGAUUUCAUCCUUUUGGAUAAACCCAUAAGGUAUUAUUUCAUUUGUGGGACUGGCGGUUGUUUUAGUGGAAUGAAGGUAUCUGUAGUUGUACAUCCUCUGCCUUCGCCGCCGUCGUCUGGUAAUGUUACUUCUAAACAUGGGUCCGGCGGUGACAAGUCUGAUGCCGGUCCGACUGCCGGAUUAGUUUGUUUUUCGAGUGUGGUUAGUGUUUUGGUGGUGGGUAUGGCUGUGUUGUGGAUCUGAUUUGUUAAUGGUGGUUUUGGAUUGAGAUUUGUAGAAGAAUUAUUAGAGAGAUGAUUGGGUUUUCUAUUGAUUUGAUGUUGUUUUGAGGUGAAUGGAUGAAUUUAAUGUUGUUUACUAUGUUUUACUAUUGAUGUAAUGAUUAAGGGAUGUUUUGAUUGAUUAUUUUUUAAGUUUUGUAUCAUGACUUUUAAUUACUUAAUUUUU